AUGGCCUUGAUCAUGGUCAUGAUAGUCCAUGAUGCUUCUGCCGAGCGAGUGGUGGACCCCGAGUGUGGCGAGUGUACCAACUGCUACUUCGCAGGCGACAAUAAGUGCAUGUUGUGGUGGACCAAAGCGGAAUGUGACUCUGUGGUUGAGUCCAAGUGGUGCGGUGCUGGCAGCAACGACCUGUUGCCGCUCCCUCCGAACGAUCUGUUACAGCCCCCUCAGCUGUUACCCCCCCAUCUGAAGGACCCGUUGCCGUGCCCUCCGAACGAGCAGUUGCCUCAGAACGAGCAGUUGCCUCCGAACGAGCAGUUGCCUCUGAACGAGCAGUUGCCUCCGAACGAGUAUUUGCCUCCGAACGAACCGUUUUGGUCCACUCCGAACGAGCA